GAACGCUGAAAGUGUAACGAGGGCGCCCCUAAUGUGAUAUCACAGACGAUGGGUGACGUCGCUAGGUCUGAGCCGCGUGCCGCGCGCAGGUCGGGGGAAAAUGCCAGUUGUGCAUUGAUAGGCUACUGCUGGAGGUGUACAAGUUGUGCAGAUGGACCGGAAUACGUGGCCUAAUUCUAUGUGUCCCACUGAAUGCGGCAAGAUUAAGGCUAACAGCAAAUGGAUGAAAUCAACGGCAAUGGCUACCCAGAGGAAAAAAGGAAAGCAGAUUGUGAUAACAGUCUUUGUUUGGAUGCUUUGGAAGAAUUUUCGCAAAAUCUGGAUUUAUCAUCUUUUUCUGAGACAUUUUCCUGUGAAAGCGAUACUGAAGAAUCUGUAAUAAAGGAUGAAGACUUUCCCUCAGAAAAGAAGACUGAUAAUGCUGCUGCAGAGGAGGAUGAAUAUAACAGUCAGGAAGCAGCAAGAAUUGUGGAAAGGGAACAGAUGAACAGAAAUUAUAGCCAACUGGUUGAUGAGAUUGAACUCCUUCGUGUGCAGUCUGAAAGAGAGCAUCUAGACACGCAAAACCUUAAACGAGAAAUUUCUGUGGUCAGAAAUGAGAACCACCGACUUCAGCAGGUGGCAGAGGAGGAGGUCAAAAAAAAGAAGUCAGCAGAGCUGGAUGCUAGGAGGUGGAAGAAAGAGUUUCGCAAACUCACUAUGGACCAGCAGGAGAAAGAAAGGCAGACCAAUAUUGUGGUGCAGACGUUGAAAACAGAACUGAAUGCAUUGAAAGACACUUCCAAAAAGAGAGAAAAAGAAAUCAAACAAAACAUGAAAAUGCUGGCUAACAUUAUUCUGGAUAUGAAGUUGGUGCACUCUGAUUUAUCUGCCAAAGGACCGUCUGACAAAGGAGAUUGUGCCAAUUCUGUCUGCGUGAGGCGAACUAGUCAAAUACUCUCCAAAAUAGAUGUUAUUCUUUCAUCCAUGGAAGGAAUCAUUAUUUGCCGGGAUCCCAACAGUUGUUCUAAUGAUAUGCCGCCAGAAGAGGACAUUGAUGGUAAAGGAAUCACAGAUUUGAAAGAAAAAAUACCUGCAGCGAGAAAUAAAAGGAAACAUUCAAAACAAGAGAAUGAAACAGUGCAGAAACGUAUUGUGAAGAAGAACGAAGAAUGUAAGAUGCUUGCAGCAGAAAAUGUAAAACUUCACAAAUGUGUUAAAGAACUCACAUGCAAGGUUAAUGGCUUCAACAAAAUAAUCCAAUUUGCUGACCAAAGACUUCAGAUGAAUAAUUUGCAUAUUUUGAGUUCUCCAGAUUCCACAAGUGGCAGCAGUAACGCAAGUGGAAGGGCUUGUCAUUCUAAAACUGAACAGGACAGCCAUGAUGUCCCUGAGUCUUGCUAUGUAAAAGGUACUCUGCAACAUUUAAAAGUAGGUAACAAACGCAAUCAGAAACCAGAAGCAGAUAAAUUAGAACCUAAGGAAUAUAUCAGCAGCCAAUAUCAAAUUGGCAGCAGUUCUCAACCAGACAUUUAUUUGGUUUGCAACAAGAAGGAUGAGCGAUCCUUAGAAACUGAAACAGUUGGCACGGCUUCAGAGAUAUCCCAGGAUGAUGUGGAAGUGAACUACAAUGGCGAAAAGGAUGAAACAGAUUGCAAUGCCAGUUAUUGUGAUAGCAACAUUACCAAAUCUGUCCCCAAAGAAGAUAUCUUGGAUAAAGAGGCAGGGAUUGGCAUUGAAGAUGAGGAUGUGAAUGCACACAAACCUAACUUGGGACAGAGCAAUAAAUGUACUGAAGAAUACCACCAGACUAAAGCUGCUACAUGUAAACAAAAGCAGGACAAGGCAGCAAAGUUGAAAUAUAACCAAGGGAAAUCGUCUGAUUUCAAAUUGCUUGCAACUGAAAAUAUAAGGCUCCAGGGUUGUGUGAAUGAGCUCCAAUACAAGGUUGAUGGAUUGAACAAAAUUGUCCAGUUUGCCGACCAGAGACUCCGAAUGUUUAAUUUGCAGAUUCUGAGGCAAGAUAAAUACUACAAGACUACAGACACACUUUCUACAUGAGUGAAAAUGAAAAGCUGUUGAUCAUCAUAGCGAUUCAGCUUAAAAUUAUUUAUAC